AUGGAUGGACUGCCACUGUUUUAUUUUCACCCUGUAACCCUUUACCAAGGGGUGGCUUUUCCCUUUGCUCUUCUCUUUAAUUUUCUCUGUGCCAUGGAUUUUUUCUCCAUUACUGCCAGACACAUCUUCCUUCUCCUGGGAGGCUGUCUGCUUGCCUGGUUGGCUAUGGCCCAGUAUGCCAUGCUGAUCUUCAUCCCUGCUUUCUGUGCUGUGGCUCUCUUCCAGUCUGUCGGCCCAGAAAAGGUUCACCGCUGGGCAUUCUCUUUCCAGAUGACUUGGCAAACCCUUUGCCACCUGGGCCUCCACUAUACUGAGUACUACCUUCAAGAACCUCCCUGCAUGAGGUUCUGCAUCACCCUUUCCUCCCUCAUGCUCCUGAGCCAGAGGGUUACUUGGCUCUCUCUAGACAUCUCUGAGGGGAAAGUGAUGGUGAAGGAAGCAUGGAGAAGCCACUGCAUGCUGUCAUUUUGUAGCUACCUCCUCUUCUUCCCGGCACUUCUGGGUGGCCCUCUGUGUUCCUUCAGGAGAUUUCAGGCUCAAGUGAGCAGGCCAGACCCACUGUGGAGGCCGCUGUCCUUCCGCCCUGCCGCCAGGAGGGGCCUGCUACUCCUGGGCCUGGAGCUGCUGAAAACCUUGGUGAGGGGGAUGCUCCAGGCCAGUGCCAGCUUGACCAGCUGCCAUCGAUUUGGCUGUGUCUAUGUCAUGUGGACCACCGCCAUGCUCUUCAAACUGACCUAUUACUCUCACUGGAUCCUGGAUGAAUUUCUCCUCUGGGCGGCAGGCUUCGGGCUGGACUCCAGACCUUCUGUCCAUGGGGAAGGAGAUGUCUUGGAUGCAGACAUCUGGACCCUGGAGACAACUCACAAGCUUUCCUUGUUCACCAGGACCUGGAACCAGAGCACUGCGAAGUGGCUCCGAAGGCUUGUAUUUGAACGGGCCAAGGCCUGGCCGCUGUUGCAGACGUUUGCCUUUUCCGCCUGGUGGCACGGGCUCCAUCCUGGCCAGGUCUUUGGCUUCCUGUGCUGGGCGCUGAUGGUGGAAGCUGACUACCUGAUUCAUGGCUAUGCCAGCGUGCUGCUCAGAUCCUGGCUGGGAAGGCUGCUCUACAGGGCCAUCACCUGGGCCCAUACACAGCUCAUCAUCGCUUACAUCCUGCUGGCCGUGGAGCUCAGAAGCAUCUCUACGCUCAGGCUCCUGGGGGCUUCCUACAACAGCCUCUUCCCUCUGGUCUACUGUAUUUCCCUAGUCCUGUUAACAAGGAGAAAAAAGCAAGCAGAAGCCUCCCUAGCCACUUUGACCGACUAA